CCUGGCGCCGUAGGGGGCACCAUGGACAAGUUCCGGAUGAUCUUCCAGUUCCUGCAGGCCAACCAGGAGUCCUUCAUGAACGGCAUCCGCGGAAUCAUGGCCCUGGUGUACUCCGCCUUCGAUUUCAACUGCCCCUGCCUGCCGGGCUACAACGCGGCCUACAGCGCGGGCAUCCUGCUGGCGCCGCCCCUCUUGCUCUUCCUGCUCGGCCUGGUCAUGAACAUCAACGUGUCCAUGCUGGCCGAAGAGUGGAAGCGGCCCCCGGGCCGCCGGGCCAAGGACCCCGCCGUGCUGCACUACAUGUUCUGCUCCAUGGCCCAGCGCGCCCUCAUUGCGCCUGUCGUCUGGGUGGCCGUCACACUGCUGGAUGGCAAGUGCUUCCUCUGUGCCUUCUGCACUGCGGUGCCCGUGACUGUGCUGGGCAAUGGCAGCCUGGCACUGGGCCUGUCUCGGCCCGAGCUUGCCCGCCUGCUGGCCCGGGUGCCCUGCCCCGACAUCUACGAGGGCGACUGGCUGCUGGCCCACGACGUGGCCGUGCGCUCCCUGCGCUGCAUCUCCCAGGCCCUGGGCUGGUCCUUCGUGCUGCUGACCACACUGCUGGCAUUCGUCGUGCGCUCUGUGCGGCCCUGCUUCACACAGGCCGCCUUCCUCAAAAGCAAGUACUGGUCCCACUAUAUCAACAUUGAGUGCAAGCUCUUCGAUGAGACAUGCAUGGAGCACGCCAAGGCCUUCGCCAAGGUCUGCAUCCCAUUCUUCGAGGCCAUGAACCAUGACCUGGAGUUGGGUCACACCCACAGGGCACUGACCACGGCCCCGGCUGGCUCGGCCACCCCAGCGGCCAAGGAUGGGGCUGAGGAGGAGAGAGAGAAGCUGCACGGCAUCACGGAUCAAGGCACCAUGAACAGGCUGCUCACGAGCUGGCACAAAUGCAAGCUGCCCUUGCGGCUGGGCCAGGAGGAGCCCCUGAUGGGCAACGGCUGGGCGGGGGGCGGGCCCCGGGCUCCACGCAAGGAGGUGGCCACCUACUUCAGCAGAGUGUGAGCUGUGGCCAAGUGAAGAGGCAGGAAUGGGGGUCUGAGCCCACGGCCUCUCAGACCCCCGCAAACCAGAUGGAAAAAUGAAGGUAGGCCCCUGGGACAGACCCACAUGCCCAGGCAUUCACCUGCCCAUUGAGGCAGGAAAUUUGGAGCUGGAAGGGGACAUCAAUC